UGGCUUGCCCAUUUGUGUGUUACAUGCCGUGCUCAGUGGCACUUCUCUAUCACGUCGCCCCCGCUCCCAGGCGAGACGAAUCCGCGAAACCUGCUGCGACUGUGAGCGAAACUCCGUGGCGCCGGUAACCAUUCGAAGCUGCAGCACGAAGGCCGCAUCGCAUGGAAAUGCGAAGCGCGUUCUUGCAGGUUAGGAGAUCGUAGCAGGAAACCGAGCGCCGACGACGACUCGAGGGACUGACCGCUCGUAGGCACCGCUUGAGGCUCUCUCCGCGGGCCGCGGAGCAAAGAGACUCGUCGCUUGGCCGAAAAGCCUACGAGUUUCUAUUCUAGAGAGCGGAAAGCUGCCUCGUUUCGACUCAAGAGAGCGGAAGGCCGAAGGGCGACGACUCGUCUGCGUGGCCUUGCUUCGGAAGCUCGUUGAGCUCAGCCGCGCGGCACGGAAGCCAUUCUCGUUCGCCCCGAGAGGGAGGGAGAGCGAGGGCGCGGAGGGGGAGCGAGGGAGAGCGAGGGAGAGAGGGGGGGAGGGGGGCGGGAGUCCCUCCCAGCGGCGGCCAUGGCGUACGGCGACGACGACGAGGACUGCGCGGCGGGCGCGGGCGUGCCCAUGGGGUCGUGGACCACCGGGUGCUGCGCGUGCGCGGAGGACUGUGGCGCAGCCCUGUGUGCCUGUGUGUGUCCGUGCGUCGUGGUGGGGCGCAUUGCUGAGCUCGUCACCGACGGCUACACCGACGCGUGUGUGGCGGCGUGCGUCUUCUGCUGCUUGCAGCUCUGCUCCAUGGGCGCUCUAGGCUGCUGCUACUCGCACUUGUUCCGUGCGCGGCUGCGCCACAACUACAUGCUGCCGGCAGAGCCGUGCCCCGACUGCUGCGUGCAUGGGCUGUGCCUGUGCUGCGCCCUCGCACAGGAGCACCGCGAACUCACCAACAGAGGCUGGAACCCCCGGAUAGGUUUCCAUGAAAACAUGCGCAUAUUCCAGUCCAGAGGCCUGGCUCCUCCCCACCAGUGCAUGCUGCGCUAGGGGUGGUGCUGGUGGUGCUGCUACUGCCCGGCACUUGCACGGAGCUUGGUGAAAAAUAGAAAGAGAACUGGACCAAACACUGGCCGAACAAAACAUUGGGUUUUACAUACUUAGGGGAUCCGGAGGGGAUUCCCCUUACUGUGGGAGGAUAGGGUUUGAAUUGAAGGGUAUUUUACCCUGAUUACCCUUGCCAGCAGCCACUUUUUGGAGUAUCCCCUGAUUCUGUAAGGGUAAAAAAAGUGAUUUGAGCCAAAUUUGCCCCUAGCACCAGGGCCCAAUAUAAGACGAAAUCAGUCUGAUGGUCUGAAAAACAGACUCAUUAGACCACCCGUUUUAUCUCGUCCGAAAGGUCCCAGCCAGGCCCCCAGAAGUCAGGAAAAUUUUCCUGAUUCAGGAAAAAAACAGGGUGUUGAGGGGUACCAGAUCUGAUUUGCUAG